AUGCCUCUCUCCCGAGUCCAAUACACACCACUCCCAUCAUCAGCGGACGACGUACAAUUGACCGCGAUGCCUCGCAAGCAGAGCAUCGCCCCGCCAGGGGAUGACAAGGCCCACCUCGCCUCCCUAGGUCACGAGCAAGAAUUACACCGGAAUUUCUCCCCGCUUGCUAUGCUCGGGCUUGCCUUCGCUAUCUUGAAUUCUUGGACCGCGCUCUCUGCGUCGCUGUCGCUCUCGCUGCCCAGUGGAGGUCCGACAUCCGUCAUCUGGGGCCUUAUCACCGCCGGAAUCUGCAACUUAUGCCUCGCUGCAUCGUUGGCCGAGUUCUUGUCCGCUUACCCCACGGCGGGAGGUCAGUACCACUGGGUCGCCGUCAUCAGCUGGAAAUCCUGGGUUCCAAUAUUAUCGUGGAUUACGGGCUGGGUCAAUUGCGCGGGAUGGGUCGCGCUGGUGGCGACGGGGGGAUUGCUCGGCAGCCAGCUGAUUGUAGGCGCGAUCUCUUUCUACGACGAUAGCUACAGUCCGGAGAGAUGGCAUCAAUUCCUCAUCUAUGUGGCAUACAACAUUGUCGCGUUCUUGAUAAAUGCGUUUAUGAAUUCGUCGUUGCCGUAUGUGACGAAGGCGGCUUUCACAUGGAGUAUUGCUGGCUUCGUCAUUAUCUCCAUUACGGUACUGGCGUGCGCUAGUCCGACGUAUCAGAGUGGUGACUUUGUAUAUCGCGCCUUCAUCAACGAUACGGGAUGGCCAGAUGGCUUUGCGUGGCUGCUGGGACUUCUACAGGGUGGCUUUGGUCUUACUGGCUUCGACGCUGUUGCGCAUAUGAUUGAAGUAUAUCGCCCUGAACCUACCCCAUAG